GGCCUGCCUGUCAGGCGAGAACCUUCUUCUCUUCUUCUCUCUCUUCCCGCAGGAGGAGGAGGCGGAGGCGGAGGCGGAGCCGAGGAGGAGGAGGAGGCCUGCCUGUGGCUGCCGUCCCUGAGCUCGCCCUACAUCCUGCGUCCCCCCAACCCCAUGUCGUCGCCGCCUGCGGACGACGACGAGGAGGAGGCCACAGACGUGCAGACCGAGGAGGAAGAAUGGGGCGACGAGGCUCUCCCCGGAGCUAGGGUUUCGGCGGCGGCGGAUGAAGAUCACAGCGGGGAGACGAGGACCACCUGCUGCGUGUGUAUGGAGCCAUCCACCUGCAGCGGCGCGCAUCGUCUCUGUUGCAUUCCCUGUGGACAUGUGUAUGGCAGAUCGUGCCUGGAGAAUUGGCUGAUUGCUUGCGGCAACACAAGCGCAAAGUGCCCUCAGUGUGGUAAAGCAUUUGAACGCAAGCAUAUUAUCAACCUCUACAUACCAGGGAAUCUCUGGGAUGGUUGCUGCCGCAUACAGGAAGUAGAAGCACAUUAUUCUAGGGUUGCCAAGUAUUUAGCAGAGCUUGCGCCUUUAGCAAGACGGCAUGCGUCUGAAGCCAAGUCAGAAGCGCAAUUUGUGUCUGAAGUUGCUGACAAGCUAGAAGUGCUAGCUCAGUCUGUCGGUGCCAAGUCAGAAGCGCAAUUUGUAUCUGAAGUUGCUGACAAGCUAGAAGUGCUAGCUCCGUCUGUCGGUGCCGAGGACCAGGCCGUGGAUAAGAAGUUGGUUCAGGAUGUAUUGGCGACGGUUAUGACUAGCUACUCAUCAGUGAAGGGGCAGGUGGAGAUGGCGCGUAGACACUAUGAGGACCUAAUCGAGUUCAUUGUUCAGAGCUUCGAUGGACUGCUGUAACUCCAUUAUUGGAAAUGAUGAGUGGUGGUGAUCGUGCCUUUUAAUUUUGCAGUUGCCAUACUGAUCAGGUGCCUUUUUUGUCGUACUUGCAUAGCAUCUGAUUCUGAUGUGUGUGUAUAUAUGUGACCAGCGCUGCUGAGACUUCGGGAUAUAUGUGUCUACAAGUGUGUAACUUCAUUUUAUUGGAAAUGAUGAGUGGUGAUUGUGCCUUUUAAUUU